CAAACAAGAGCCGUAAGACGCAAGCCCCAAGGCAGACGUGUACGCCGUACGCACCAAACCGCGAGCAAUGGACGCAGCGGAAGCUGCGAAAAGGAGGGAUGGCGAGGUGAAGAAGGAGAACGGCGGCGGCGAAGACGCCGGGAAGGUGUCGUUCGUGGGGCUGUUCCGGUACGCCGACGGCACGGACGUGCUGCUGAUGCUGGUCGGCUCGGCGGCGGCGAUGGCCAACGGCGUGUCGCAGCCGCUCAUGACGGUCAUCUUCGGCCAGAUCAUCAACGCCUUCGGCGGCGCCACCACCAGCGACGACGUCCUCCCCCGCGUCAACCAGGCAGUUCUGAACUUUGUCUACCUGGGCAUUGGAACAGCGGUUGUUUCCUUUCUUCAGGUGGCAUGUUGGACAAUGACAGGAGAAAGGCAGGCGACACACAUUCGAUCUAUGUACCUCAAAUCUGUCUUGAGACAAGAUAUAGCAUUCUUUGAUGUCGAAAUGACAACUGGACAAGUAGUUACAAGAAUGUCUGGUGAUACCGUGCUAGUUCAGGAUGCCAUUGGUGAGAAGGUCGGCAAAUUUCUACAACUUAUAGCUACCUUCAUCGGUGGUUUCGUAAUAGCAUUUGUAAAAGGAUGGCUUCUAUCUCUUGUCAUGUUGGCAUGCAUACCUCCAGUUGUCAUCGCUGGUGCAGUAGUCUCAAAAAUGCUGUCUAAAAUCUCUAGCAAGGGGCAAGCAUCAUACAGUGAUGCAGGGAAUGUUGUCGAACAGACACUUGGGGCCAUAAAAACAGUUGUCUCCUUCAACGGUGAGAAGCAGGCCAUUGCAAUGUAUAAUAAACUCAUACACAAGGCAUACAAGGCUGCUGUUCAUGAAGGAGUUACCAAUGGUUUUGGCAUGGGUUCUGUUUUCUUCAUAUUUUUCUCUAGCUAUGGUUUAGCCAUAUGGUACGGCGGCAAGUUGAUUCUUAGCCGAGGAUACUCAGGAGGAGACAUAAUCAAUAUCUUGUUUGCUGUCAUGACUGGGGCAAUGUCUUUAGGCAACGCAACACCCUGCAUGGCAGCCUUUGCAGAAGGACAAUCUGCGGCAUACAGAUUAUUCACAACAAUCAAGCGGAAACCAGAGAUUGAUCCUGACGACCCAACUGGUAAGCAGUUAGAAGACGUCAAGGGUGAUGUUGACCUAAAGGGCGUGUACUUCAGCUACCCAGCAAGGCCGGACCAACUGAUAUUUGAUGGAUUCUCAUUACAUGUAUCAAGCGGCACUACAAUGGCUAUAGUUGGGGAGAGUGGAAGUGGCAAGUCAACUGUGAUUAGUCUUGUACAGAGAUUCUAUGACCCACAGGCUGGUGAGGUUUUGAUUGAUGGGAUUAACAUCAAGAGUUUGCAGCUUGACUGGAUAAGAGGGAAGACCGGUCUUGUUAGCCAAGAGCCAUUGCUCUUUAUGACAUCUAUCAAAGAUAACAUAACAUAUGGCAAAGAGGAUGCAACGAUUGAAGAGAUCAGAAGAGCAGCUGAGCUUGCUAAUGCAGCUAAUUUCAUUGAUAAAUUGCCCGAUGGCUAUGACACGAUGGUUGGGCAACGUGGUGCUCAGCUCUCAGGGGGACAAAAGCAAAGGAUUGCUAUUGCAAGAGCAAUCAUUAAAAACCCCAGAAUCCUUUUGUUAGAUGAGGCUACCAGUGCGUUGGAUGUGGAGUCAGAGCGGAUUGUUCAGGAGGCACUGAACAGGAUAAUGGUAAACAGAACAACACUAGUUGUUGCACAUCGCCUGAGUACUGUGAGGAAUGCUGAUUGCAUAUCAGUUGUACAACAAGGAAAAAUAGUUGAACAAGGUCCUCAUGAUGAAUUGGUAAUGAACCCUGAUGGUGCUUAUUCUCAACUUAUUCGGCUACAAGAAAACCAAGAAGAAGAACAGAAAUUAGAACGUCACAUGUCUGAUUCAAGGUCUAAAAGUAGAAGCCUCUCGUUGAAGCGAUCGAUAAGCAGAGGUUCUGCAGGAAACAGUAGUAGGCACUCUUUGACCCUCCCCUUUGGCUUGCCUGGCUCAGUUGAAUUGCUCGAAGGCAAUGAUGCAAAUGGGGAGAAUCAGAAAGAACAGGAUCGUGAUGGUGAGGUCCCAAAGAAAGUUCCUAUGGGACGGCUAGCUAGUCUUAACAAACCAGAGAUACCGAUUCUUUUGCUAGGAUCACUAGCUGCUGGAGUCCAUGGAGUGCUUUUCCCAAUGUUUGGUCUAAUGAUUUCCAAUGCCAUCAAAACUUUCUACGAGCCGGCAGACAAACUAAGAAAGGAUUCUAGCUUUUGGGGUUUGAUGUGUGUUGUGCUGGGUGUCGCAUCAAUAAUAUCAGUACCAGUGGAGUAUUUCUUGUUUGGAGUAGCCGGAGGGAAGCUUAUCGAGCGUAUUCGUGCCUUGUCAUUUCGGAGCAUUGUGCACCAAGAAGUUGCUUGGUUCGAUGAUCCCAGAAAUUCCAGUGGAACACUUGGUGCAAGGUUGUCACUUGAUGCCUUGAACGUCCGACGUUUAGUGGGUGAUAAUUUGGCCUUGGCACUUCAGGUCACCUCGACACUAAUCACGGGAUUUGUCAUUGCAUUUGUAGCAGACUGGAAGCUCACACUGAUCAUCCUCUGCGUGAUGCCACUAUCAGGACUUCAAGGUUAUGCACAAAUAAAGUUCUUGAAGGGGUUCAGUCAAGAUGCCAAGACAUUGUAUGAAGAUGCAAGUCAAGUGGCCACUGAUGCAGUCGGUAGUAUCAGAACUGUAGCUUCUUUUUGUGCUGAGAAAAGAGUGACGGCAAUGUACGAUAAUAAAUGCGAAGCCUCAAAGAAUCAAGGGGUCAGAACAGGAGUGGUUGGAGGCCUUGGUUUUGGUUUCUCAUUCUUGAUGUUGUACCUUACUUACGGUCUUUGUUUCUAUGUUGGAGCGCAAUUUGUGCGUCAAAACAAAUCUACUUUCGGAGACGUUUUCAAGGUUUUCUUUGCGCUGAUGUUGGCAACAAUUGGAAUAUCUCAAACAAGUGCAUUAGCGUCUGAUUCUACAAAGGCCAAGGAUUCAGCUAUCUCCAUAUUUGCUUUGUUGGACCGAAAGUCAGAAAUCAACUCAGGCAGUGAUGAAGGCUUGACAUUAGAUGAGGUCAAGGGCGACAUCGAUUUCCAACAUGUCAGCUUCAAGUAUCCAAGCCGCCCAGAUGUACAAAUAUUCAGCGAUUUUAGCCUGCACAUUCCCUCUGGCAAGACUGUUGCACUUGUGGGAGAGAGUGGCAGCGGCAAGUCGACAGUAAUCUCUUUGUUGGAACGAUUCUACAAUCCCGACUCUGGUACAAUCUCACUGGAUGGUGUGGAGAUCAAGAGCCUAAAAGUCAAUUGGCUCAGGGACCAAAUGGGACUGGUGGGCCAAGAGCCUGUGCUCUUCAACGACACAAUCCGUGCCAACAUAGCCUACGGGAAGCAUGGGGAGGUCACCGAGGAGGAGCUCAUCAAGGUUGCAAAGGCGGCCAAUGCGCAUGAGUUCAUAUCAAGCCUUCCCCAGGGAUAUGACACCACCGUUGGGGAGAGGGGAGUCCAGCUAUCCGGUGGGCAGAAGCAGCGGGUGGCUAUUGCAAGGGCCAUACUGAAAGACCCUAAGAUCCUACUGCUCGAUGAAGCGACGAGCGCAUUGGAUGCCGAGUCUGAGCGCAUCGUGCAGGAUGCCUUGGAUCAUGUGAUGGUUGGCAGGACCACGGUUAUCGUGGCGCACCGCCUCUCGACAAUCAAAGGUGCCGAUAUCAUCGCAGUUCUCAAGGAGGGUGCGAUAGUGGAGAAAGGGAGACAUGAUGCGCUGAUAAACAUCAAAGGCGGAGUCUACGCUUCGCUAGUCGAGCUUCGUUUGGCCUCCUCAUAGUACCUAGGCUAAGAUUCUGUUCCUAUUAGGCAUUGUAAAUCUUAAUUAAUAGUUUGGGUGUGCUUUGAGUUCAUUGAGAUUUGAGAAGAAUCCGAGAAGUAAAGUUAUCUUUGUAUUUAUUA